CGCAGAUUAAUCAGUAAACUCAUUCCAAGUGUUCGACUGGACUUUAUGGCCAAGACAGGGAGAUAUUUACAGGAGAGCUUUUCUUUCUGAGCUGCUCACAGUUCAUCACCGCAGUCUGAGGAUGUUCAAACUAGUCCUGCUGUUCCUGACAGUGUCAGGCCUCCAAUCUGCUCCAGUCGAAGCCCCCAAAGGUCUGCAGAAGUCGACCCAUCAGCUGCCUGAUGACAUUCAACAGGGUACUGAACACUCCGACAUCCAUAAACCGAUUCCUGUCAGCUUCAGACAAGGUACCGAGCCCUCCAGAAGGUUCCUGGUUAAUCUGGACACCGGCCUGGUGCAGGAACACGUCAGCGAGAUGGAAAGGAGAGUAGUCCCAGCUGAUGUUCCAGUUCAGAGGAAUGCUGCUGGUUGGGUCCGUGUGCAGGAACCUUCAACUUCUCAUCUCCCAGCCGGUUUCAGACAGGGAACAGAACCCGUGAAGUCGAUUCCAGACGGCUUCAGACAGGGAACAGAACCCAUGAUGUCAGCCUCAGAUGACCUUAGAAUAGUAGCUGGGCCUUUGAUGUCUAUCCCAGCUGGUUUUAGACAAGGAACAGAACCUUCUGUUCACAUCCCAGAAGGCUUUAAGCAGGGAACUGAACCCUCUCUUCCUAACCAAGAUGGUUUCAGGCAGGGAGCAGAACCUGUGAAGUCGAUUCCAGCUGGUUUCAGACAAGGAACCAAACCUGUGAAGUCUAUUCCAGUCAGUUUCAGGCAGAGAACCGAACCUGUGAAGUCGAUUCCAGCUGGUUUCAGACAGGGAACCGAACCCGUGAAGUCAGCCUCAGAUGACCAUAGAAUAGCCGCAGAGCCUUUGAUGUCUAUCCCAGCUGGUUUUAGACAAGGAACAGAACCUUCUGUUCACAUCCCAGAAGGCUUUAAGCAGGGAAGUGAACCCUCUCUUCAUAUCCCUAAUGGUUUCAGACAGGGCACUGAACCCAUUCUUACAAUCCCAGAGGGCUUUAGACAGGGAACAGAACCAUCCUCCUCCAGAACACAGACAGUAGCAUGUAAGGGAGAGAUCAUCAAUGGAAACUGCUAUGAGUUCAACCCAACACCACUGGCCUUCCAGGACGCACAGGCUCAGUGCAGAGCUGUGGCCCCAAAUGCUGAGCUUGCAUCUGUUACCAGCGUUGAUCUGCAAUCCCGACUGGUUUCUCUGGUGACCAACGGUGGAGAGAGCCACCCUGUGUUGACCUGGCUGGGAGCCACGAUCAAGAAGCAGCAGGCGUCGUGGUUGGACGGGUCAGAGUGGAGCUACAGCGACUGGAUGCCGGGUCACCCUAACGUUCACACCGAUAAACCUGUCUGUGUGGAGAUGUUCAAGAUCAAUGAGAGCUGGUGGACUGCCGCCGACUGUGAACUGAAGAGAGCCUCCAUCUGCUCGUAUCAGAUCGCUGCAUGAAAACCACAAAGAAACUCAGCGUGACAGAAAAGCCAUCUUGAUUUGUUUCUCACUGAAGCACAGUUUAUUACUUUGGGCUUCCUACCGAACCAUCUGCUUGUGUGGGAAUAAAGCUUUGCUGAAUGACA